AUGUCGGAUCGUAGCAAAUUCACGCAAGAGGAGAAACAACAUGGCCUCAACGUCAUGGUAGACUACACCUCUACGGCAAUUCAGAACAGAGCUCGAGCCCUUAUCGACAUCCAGAGACGCAAGCGACAUAUUGACGAAACCACCGCUGCUCUCAGUCAGCUGGCAAGCAUCAAAUCGGCUGAUGGGACGCCUUUGGCUGAUCCCGAGACGGACUACAAAGUCUUGACGCUCGAUGAUGCCGAGUCACUCUUGCUCAUGGCCGGGAUAAGGAAGCCUGUCGAGGGACGCGGUGGCGAGAGGAUCCCGCAUUACCACAACUGGGACGCCAACACCGCCGGUCAAUGGUCCAAACGUAUCCAUCAAGUUUCGGACUAUAUGGAAGCUCGAAGAAGCUGGUAUGGCAUGGGAAAUGACCAGUCUGGGAACACCAUCGAAGACGCAAUCAGCGGGAUUACACAGAUUCUCAACAAAGACUCUGUCGUCAACAAUCAUGAACAUGACUUUACAUUCAACGAAGCUUUGAUCUUUGGGAAAUCGCGACAUCUGGCAGACGGAUUGAGAAGCCAGCUCGUAAUGGAGACAACACUCCCGAAGGUUGCCAACCAGAUACAUUCAUACUUGAGUCAAGCCCACAGUGCUAAUCCCGAGGCGCUUCCGUCUGCCAGGAAACAAAAGCAGAAACUCUGGGAUCAGUCUCUUUCCGAAGCUGAGUCAUCAAUCGCUUACAUGGGAUCGACAGGCUGGCAAGUGAGCCCAGAUGACAAGGCGCAGUUCGAACAAGCAAUCCAAGCGACCUUCCUUCUCGACAAUCAAUCGGGAUACUACGACAACACCACUUUCAACGAGACGAGAAUCGGCGACUUGGAAGAACAUCUCGAACACAAGCUCGCGGAGGUUGCCGAGCAGAAGUUUGUGUUGGAUGACGGAUGGAAAAAGUUGACUGGUCUUCCGGUAGACUAUGUGCAAAUCGAGCAGGAGAUGGAUGCAGAGGCGGAGGGGGUACAGGGGAGCCAGCAGUCAGUGGCAACACUAUCAGGCUACGGGGUUCCCCAGGAUAUGCUCUUCCAGCCUAGCGCCCUCGAAUUCACAGAGAGAAAGUUGCAAAGGCUACAGGACACUUUCGAGUACUCCCCAGACAUCAGCGCAUAUCGUCCUUCGGCCGCGCUAUCCCAUGUCAAGAACAUACUUGCACUCAAGAGCGACGCCGUGUGGCAGCUAGAUGCGUUCCUGAAAGCAAAGGUCGACCAAGUCGACAGCAAAGACGUUCCAAGGUCGCAAUUGUUGGACCUUUACGAGAGCAAAAAGAGAAGCCUGACAGGCGAUCGAGAGAGUAGACUGAAGAGUGCUCGAAUGACGGGUGCACUAUCUCGCUAUACCGCUAUAGAGAAGAAAUGGGAGAAACUCACUAAAAGUGCAGCUAAUGGUAUUCUGCAGAAAGUGGCAGAUGCCAGAGACGGCCUCGAACAGAUCAGCCAGGAGACUCAAGACAUACAAGAUCAAUCAAGAUAUUGCAGAGCACAGUCCGAUUUCGCAGCUAUCAAUGCUUUGAUCAAUGAGUCCUUCCAGCCAGAGUUCGACAGUAAAGCCUCCAAAAAGGCUUGGCUGAAUGAGAUCCAGAAUGACAGGAUACAUGCGAAGAGCUCUCUCGAGAAGUCUUGGAGGCUCCCUAGAGCUGCUAGUGAACCAUCCCUAGCCACGGUCGAGGAGGGCGUUCAGACCAUGAUGAUUGAUGAGUCGCAAGAGAGUAUCGAGCCCUCUCUGAGUUUGGGCAAAGAAGCGGAGCAAGAAACAGCUACAGCACGCCCGUGGAAGACCAGGUUCAACUGGGCAGAUGAAGAUGAGGACGACGAUGAUAUCGCUUUUGACAAAGAUUUCAAGGAAUGGCUCGCAGCGGAAGCACAGAGAAUGGCCGAGAAACUGGUGCUGUCGCUUCUACCCCUGCUGGUCACCACCAACCGAUGGAUGAGGUCGGAUGGCAAAAGCGCUGCUCAGUAUCUAUACGAGAUGUCCCAAGCAAGCAAACGCUGA